ACCAUUUCGGAGGAGCUGAGCAAAAUGCCCUUCGUGACGGAGGGAAACAAAACAACCGAGCACCGCCGUGCUUCCUCUUCUUCCGAAUUUCCUGUUUGUCAGAUCACUAAUUGAAUUCAUCUAACCUAGUAAUAACUCCCCUUUCAUCAUUAAGUUCGCUUUUCUGUAUUCGCCCCGGUUAAAAACCCUCCACCUCCACUCAAACACUCUCUUAAAACCCCCGUUCCCUUCUUCCUCAGUCCCCUCUGUACAGUUUAAUUUUCUUUCCCUCCCUCUAAUUUUCGCUGCUCCUUACCCUGAGCCUAACUUAUCAGUUUUACCGGAGGAAUCGUUUUUUAAUCGUCUACAAUGAGUCCAGUUCAGAAUUUCGAGCAACAUUCUCACCACCUCGUCGAACCCGACCUCCCAAUUAAGACGAGGUUACAGAUGGCAAUGGAGGUUCGGGAUAGUUUGGAGAUAACACAUACGGGGGAGUAUUUGAACUUUUUGAAGUGUUAUUUUCGAGCAUUUUCAGUAAUUUUAUAUCAUAUUACGAAGCCGCAAUUUACUGAUAACCCUGAGCAUAAGCUGAGAAAUAUUGUGGUUGAAAUUCUGAACCGUUUGCCACAUAGUGAGGUUUUAAGACCAUUUGUUCAGGAGCUUCUUAAAGUGGCAAUGCACGUGUUGACUACCGAUAACGAAGAAAAUGGCUUAAUUUGUAUUCGUAUUAUAUUUGACUUGCUUAGGAAUUUUAGGCCUACACUAGAGACUGAAGUUCAGCCCUUUUUAGAUUUUGUUUGCAAGAUUUAUCAGAAUUUUAGGGUUACUGUUAGUUACUUUUUCGAGAGCGGGGCUGUGGCAGUUCCCCCACCUGUUGCACCAGGGUCAUUGGGGUCUGCAUUGAGUGGGGAUGAUGGGAAGCCAAUGGAUGUUUCUGAUCAAGUGGGCCCCUCAGGCGGGCAUGUUACGCAAGGGCAGCUUAAUCCUAGUACUAGGUCAUUUAAGGUUGUUACAGAGAGCCCUUUGGUGGUGAUGUUUCUGUUUCAGUUGUAUAGCCGGCUUGUUCAGACAAAUAUUCCACAUUUGUUGCCGCUAAUGGUGGCUGCCAUAUCAGUUCCGGGGCCUGAGAAGGUUGCUCCUCAUUUAAAGAAUCACUUUACUGAGCUCAAGGGUGCACAGGUUAAGACAGUUUCAUUCUUAACUUACCUGCUGAAGAGUUUUGCUGAUUAUAUUAGACCACAUGAAGAAAGCAUUUGCAAAAGCAUUGUGAACCUGCUUGUCACGUGUUCUGAUUCUGUUUCUAUACGAAAGGAAUUGUUGGUAGCUCUAAAACAUGUUCUUGGAACUGAUUUUAAGCGGGGUUUGUUUCCUCUGAUUGACACGCUAUUGGAGGAAAGGGUCCUUGUUGGAACCGGGAGAGCAUGCUUUGAGACUUUAAGGCCUUUGGCCUACAGUUUACUGGCAGAGAUUGUUCAUCAUGUUAGGGGAGAUCUUUCUUUGUCUCAGUUAUCGAGGAUCAUUUACUUGUUCUCAAGUAACAUGCAUGAUGCUUCAUUGUCACUCAGCAUUCAUACUACGUGUGCUCGCUUGAUGUUAAAUCUGGUAGAGCCAAUUUUUGAGAAAGGCGUUGACCAGCCAUCGAUGGACGAAGCACGGAUUUUAUUGGGUCGAAUUUUGGAUGCUUUUGUUGGAAAAUUUAAUACUUUCAAGCGCACUAUUCCCCAGCUACUGGAAGAGGGAGAAGAUGGGAAGAAUAGGUCAACUUUAAGGUCAAAAUUAGAACUUCCAGUCCAGGCAGUGCUAAAUCUGCAAGUUCCUGUGGAGCACUCCAAGGAAGUUAGUGAUUGUAAGCAUCUGAUUAAAACAUUGGUCAUGGGAAUGAAGACCAUUAUUUGGAGCAUCACUCAUGCACAUCUACCCCGAUCACAGGUUUCACCAUCAACACAUGGGACAUCAUCUCAAAUUCUUGCUUCUGCAACAUCAGGUUCAUCAGUACCACAGCCCUUCAAAGGGAUGAGAGAAGAUGAGGUGUGGAAAGCUUCUGGCGUAUUGAAGAGUGGUGUGCAUUGCUUGGCUCUGUUCAAGGAGAAGGAAGAGGAAAGGGAAAUGAUUAAUCUCUUUUCCCAAAUUCUGGCUAUUAUGGAACCCCGAGAUUUGAUGGACAUGUUCUCCUUGUGCAUGCCUGAGCUGUUUGAGUGCAUGAUUUCAAAUACUCAGCUGGUCCACAUCUUUUCAACCCUUCUGCAGUCAGCUAAGGUUUUUCGGCCAUUUUCAGAUGUUUUGGUGAAUUUCCUUGUGACUAGUAAACUUGAUGUUCUGAAGCAGCCAGAUUCACCUGCAGCAAAACUUGUUUUGCAUCUUUUCCGCUUCUUAUUUGGUGCUGUUGCAAAGGCCCCUUCGGACUGCGAACGCAUUUUACAGCCUCAUGUGCCUGUUAUAAUGGAAUCUUGCAUGAAAAAUGCAACUGAGGUUGAGAAACCAAUUGGUUACUUGCAACUUCUUAGAACAAUGUUUCAUGCACUUGCGGGUGGCAAGUUUGAACUUCUUCUCCGAGACUUGGUUCCUAUGCUGCUACCCUGCUUAAAUAUGCUGUUGGCUAUGCUUGAAGGACCUACCGGUGAAGACAUGAGGGAACUUCUUCUGGAACUCUGUCUAACUCUGCCUGCAAGGUUAAGCUCAUUGUUACCUCAUCUGCCUCGCCUUAUGAAGCCUCUGGUGAUGUGUCUAAAAGGAAGUGAUGACCUAGUUAGUCUUGGUUUAAGGACACUUGAGUUCUGGAUUGAUAGUUUGAAUCCUGAUUUCUUAGAGCCGAGUAUGGCGAAUGUUAUGUCUGAGGUGAUUUUGGCAUUAUGGUCUCAUUUGAGACCAGCACCCUAUCCUUGGGGUGGAAAAUCAUUGCAACUUCUUGGUAAAUUGGGUGGUCGUAAUAGACGUUUUCUCAAAGAACCUCUUGCACUUGAAUGCAAGGAGAAUCCAGAGCAUGGACUUAGAUUAAUUCUUACAUUUGAACCCUCCACACCUUUUUUGGUUCCACUUGAUCGUUGCAUAAAUCUUGCUGUGGCUGCUGUCAUGAACAAAAAUGGUGGGGUGGAUCCGUUUUACCGAAAGCAGGCUCUAAAGUUUGUCUGUGUAUGCUUGUCAUCUCAACUUAAUUUGCCAGGGAUUGUUACUGAUGAGGGAUCAACAUCUAGGCAGUUGUCAACUCUCUUAGUUUCAUCUGUUGACCCAUCUUGGAGAAGAUCUGAGACAGUAGAAAUGAAGGCUGACUUGGGUGUCAAGACGAAGACCCAACUCAUGGCCGAGAAAUCUGUCUUUAAGAUUCUCUUGAUGACCAUCAUUGCUGCAAAUGCUGAACCUGAUUUGCAUAAUGCUAAUGAUGACUUUGUUCUCCAUGUUUGCCGACAUUUUGCCAUGAUAUUCCACAUAGACAAUUCUCUGACACAUACAUCAAUUGGUGCCUCUUCACUUGGUGGUCCUCUUCUUGCUCCCAGCUCCAGUAUUAGUUCAAAAUCAAGAAAUACUGGACCUUCUAACCUGAAAGAGUUGGACCCAUUAAUAUUCUUGGAUGCUUUGGUAGAUGUACUGGCAGAUGAAAAUAGACUACAUGCUAAAGCAGCUCUAGAUGCUCUGAACAUAUUUGCUGAGACACUUCUGUUUCUUGCUCGCUCAAAGCAUUCAGAGAUUUUAAUUUCAAGAGGUGGUCCUGGCACCCCUAUGGUUGUUUCUAGUCCAUCAAUGAGUCCUGUGUAUUCACCACCUCCAAGUGUACGUGUUCCAGUUUUUGAGCAACUCCUGCCACGGCUUUUACAUUGUUGCUAUGGCAGUACUUGGCAAUCACAAAUUGGAGGAGUUAUUGGCCUUGGUGCCAUGGUUGGGAAGGUUACUGUUGAAAUUUUAUGCCAUUUUCAAGUACGGAUUGUUCGGGGGCUAGUAUAUGUUCUCAAAAGGCUUCCUAUCUAUGCAUCAAAAGAGCAGGAAGAAACCAAUCAGGUGCUAACCCAAAUUCUUCGCGUGGUGAAUAAUGUUGAUGAGGCAAACAGUGAAGCACGCAAACAAAGUUUCCAAGGAGUUGUUGAAUACCUAGCAUCUGAGCUGUUCAAUGCAAACUCAUCCAUUAAUGUAAGAAAGAUCGUGCAGUCUUGUUUGGCACUUCUGGCAAGUAGGACAGGCAGUGAGGUUUCUGAGUUACUUGAACCUUUGUACCAACCUUUGCUUCAGCCUCUUAUCUUGCGCCCUCUUCGGUCAAAAACUGUUGACCAACAAGUUGGGACGGUCACAGCUUUGAAUUUCUGCCUAGCUUUGAGGCCUCCUCUGCUUAAGUUGACUCAGGAGCUAGUCAAUUUCCUGCAAGAGGCUUUGCAAAUUGCUGAAGCUGAUGAAACUGUGUGGGUUGUGAAAUUUAUGAACCCAAAGGUGGCCUCAUCAUUGAAUAAGCUACGGACGGCUUGCAUUGAACUGCUGUGUACUGCUAUGGCGUGGACAGAUUUUAAAACACAGAAUCAUUCUGAAUUGCGUGCAAAAAUCAUUUCUAUGUUUUUCAAAUCUCUAACAAGUCGGACACCUGAAAUUGUAGCUGUUGCAAAGGAAGGUCUAAGACAGGUUAUACUUCAGCAAAGAAUGCCUAAAGAACUUCUGCAAAGCAGCCUGAGGCCUAUCUUAGUUAAUUUGGCACAUACAAAAAAUUUGAGCAUGCCUCUUCUGCAAGGGCUGGCCCGUCUGCUUGAGCUUUUGUCCAACUGGUUCAAUGUAACUUUAGGCGGUAAAUUGUUGGAGCAUCUGAAAAAAUGGUUAGAACCUGAAAAGCUUGCGCAGACUCAGAAGUCUUGGAAGGCUGGUGAAGAACCUAAAAUUGCUGCUGCAAUUAUUGAGCUUUUCCACCUGCUUCCUUCAGCUGCUGGGAAAUUCCUUGAUGAGCUUGUAACUUUGACUAUUGAUUUGGAAGGUGCCCUUCCACCAGGGCAGUUCUAUAGCGAGAUUAACAGUCCUUAUCGCCUUCCUCUCACUAAGUUUCUAAAUCGAUACCCAGCUGCAGCUGUUGAUUAUUUUCUUUCUCGGUUAUGUCAACCCAAAUACUUCCGCAGGUUUAUGUAUAUCAUACGGUCGGAUGCUGGCCAACCCUUGAGAGAAGAACUUGCUAAGUCACCUGAAAAGAUAAUAGCAAGUGCAUUUCCUGAAUUUUUACCCAAAUCUGAUGCAUCAACAGCCCAGGGAUCUUUUAACCAUCCCACCACUGUGGGGAGCGACGAAUCACUUGGCUAUAAACCUGAGAGUUUAAUUCCGAUUUCUACCAGCACUAGUGGAUUGGCAGAUGCUUAUUUCCAGGGUCUUGCUUUGAUCAAGACUUUGGUUAAACUGAUGCCUAGCUGGUUGCAGAGUAAUCGGGUUGUUUUCGACACAUUAGUUCUUCUGUGGAAGUCACCAGCAAGAAUUUCACGGUUACAAAACGAGCAGGAGUUGAAUUUGGUGCAAGUUAAAGAAAGCAAAUGGCUGGUCAAGUGCUUCCUGAAUUACUUCAGACAUGACAAAAACGAAGUCAAUGUUUUGUUUGACAUUCUUUCCAUUUUUCUUUUCCGUACUCGAAUAGACUUCACCUUCCUGAAGGAGUUUUAUAUAAUUGAGGUUGCCGAGGGUUAUUCUCCAAACUUGAAGAAAACUCUGCUCCUGCAUUUCCUAAAUCUUUUCCAAUCAAAGCAACUAGCUCUUGAUCAUUUGGUGAUUGUCAUGCAAAUGCUCAUUCUUCCAAUGUUAGCCCAUGCCUUCCAGAAUGGCCAGACCUGGGAUGUUGUUGACACUACUAUUGUUAAGACAAUAGUAGACAAGCUUCUUGACCCUCCAGAAGAGGUUUCUGCUGAUUAUGACGAGCCCUUGAGGAUAGAGCUUCUGCAGCUCGCCACUUUACUUCUCAAGUAUCUCCAGACUGACCUUGUUCAUCACAGAAAGGAGCUUAUCAAAUUUGGGUGGAAUCACCUCAAGCGUGAGGAUAGUGCUAGUAAGCAGUGGGCCUUUGUCAAUGUCUGCCACUUCUUGGAAGCGUAUCAAGCGCCCGAGAAAAUCAUACUGCAGGUAUUUGUAGCACUUCUGAGGACCUGCCAGCCAGAGAAUAAGAUGUUGGUAAAACAAGCACUUGAUAUACUAAUGCCAGCACUUCCUCGAAGAUUACCGCUUGGUGACUCUCGUAUGCCAAUUUGGAUACGUUAUACAAAGAAGAUUCUUGUUGAGGAAGGUCACUCAAUUCCUAACCUCAUACAUAUAUUCCAGCUGAUUGUACGCCAUUCAGAUCUGUUCUACAGCUGCAGAGCGCAAUUCGUGCCUCAGAUGGUAAAUUCUUUAAGUCGCCUUGGUUUGCCAUAUAAUACUUCGGCUGAGAACAGGCGUCUUGCCAUUGAACUUGCUGGAUUGGUUGUCAAUUGGGAAAAACAAAGGCAAAGUGAAAUGAAAACUGCUGCGGCUUCAGGUGGUGGUCAGAAUAAUGAUGUAUUCAACCAAAUUACUGCUAGUGGUGAUCCAGCAACUGCCAUUGAUGGAUCAACUUUCUCUGAAGAUCCAACUAAGCGAAUAAAGGUUGAACCGGGUCUGCAAUCGCUUGGUGUCAUGUCACCUGGUGGUGUCUCUUCUAUCCCUAACAUAGAAACCCCAGGGUCUUCUGGACAGCCAGAUGAAGAAUUCAAGCCAAAUGCAGCAAUGGAGGAAAUGAUCAUCAAUUUUCUAAUAAGAGUCGCAUUGGUGAUAGAACCAAAGGAAAAAGAAGCAAGUCUCAUGUACAAACAAGCUUUAGAGCUGCUAUCACAAGCAUUGGAGGUGUGGCCAAAUGCAAAUGUUAAAUUCAAUUAUUUGGAGAAGUUGCUAAGUAGUAUUCCACCUUCGCAAUCAAAGGAUCCAUCCACAGCUCUUGCCCAGGGCCUUGAUGUGAUGAAUAAGGUUUUGGAAAAGCAACCACAUUUGUUCAUCCGAAAUAAUAUCAACCAGAUUUCCCAAAUAUUAGAACCAUGUUUCAGGUAUAAGAUGCUAGAUGCUGGGAAAUCAUUGUGCUCUCUUUUGAAGAUGGUUUCCUCUGCAUUUCCUCCAGAGAUGGCCAGUACUCCGCAGGAUGUUAAGAUGCUGUAUCAAAAGGUGGAAGAGCUUGUACAAAAGCACCUUGCUGCAAUUGCGGCUCCUCAAACAUCAGGAGAAGACAUCUCAGCUAGCAUGAUUAGCUUUGUCCUCUAUAUCAUUAAAACUUUAACAGAAGUGCAGAAAAACUUUAUUGACCCUUCGAAUUUGGUUCGUGUACUUCAGCGCCUGGCACGCGAUAUGGCAGCGGCAACUGGUUCUUAUGUAAGACAGGGUCAGAAAGCAGAUGCAGAUUCUGCGGUCACUUCUUCUCGCCAAGGUGCUGAUGUUGGAGUAGUUAUUGCUAAUCUGACUUCUGUCCUCAAACUGAUAAGCGAAAGGGUCAUGCUUAUUCCAGAAUGCAAGCGUUCUGUAACUCAAAUUCUGAACUCCUUGCUCUCUGAAAAGGGGACCGAUCCUUCUGUGCUUCUCUGCAUAUUGGAUGUAAUAAAAGGAUGGAUAGAAGAUGAUUUUAACAAACCUGGAAUGCCAACCACGUCAUGUAAUUUCCUUACUGCUAAGGAAGUGGUUACUUUCCUUCAGAAGCUUUCACAGGUUGACAAGCAGAACUUUUCAGUCACUGCUGUAGAGGAAUGGGACAAGAAAUAUCUUGACCUUCUUUACGGACUUUGUGCAGACUCCAAUAAAUACUCUCUUUCACUAAGACAAGAAGUGUUUCAGAAAGUGGAGAGGCAAUUUUUGCUUGGUUUACGUGCAAAAGAUCCUGAAAUGAGAAUGAAGUUCUUCUCUCUUUAUCAUGAAUCUCUUGGGAAAACAUUGUUUGUGAGACUACAAUACAUUAUCCAAAAUCAGGACUGGGAGGCAUUAUGUGAUGUCUUCUGGCUCAAACAAGGUCUAGAUCUUCUUUUGGCCAUUUUGGUUGAGGAUAAACCUAUUACACUGGCUCCAAACUCUGCCAAAAUCCCCCCACUUAUGAUGUCAAGUGCUGUUCCGGAUUGUAGUGCGGUACAACCAAUGGUUACUGAUAUCCCAGAAGGUUCAGAUGAGGCAUCUCUAACAUUUGAUGGCCUUGUCCUAAAGCAAUCACGGUUCCUAAGUCAAAUGAGCAAGCUUCAGGUUGCAGAUCUUAUUAUUCCUCUCAGAGAGUUGGCUCAUACAGAUGCCAAUGUUGCAUAUCAUCUGUGGGUGUUAGUAUUUCCUAUUGUCUGGGUUACGUUGCAAAAGGAUGAACAGGUAGCUCUUGCUAAGCCAAUGAUAAAUCUCUUGUCAAAAGAUUAUCAUAAAAAACAGCAGGGGCACAGGCCAAAUGUUGUGCAAGCUCUUUUAGAAGGCCUUCAGCUGAGCCAUCCUCAACCUCGUAUGCCUAGCGAACUCAUUAAAUAUAUUGGGAAAACUUACAAUGCUUGGCAUAUUGCACUUGCACUGCUGGAAAGUCAUGUAAUGUUGUUCUUGAAUGACACAAAGUGCUCUGAGUCUCUGGCUGAGCUCUAUCGUUUACUCAAUGAGGAAGAUAUGAGGUGCGGAUUGUGGAAAAAGCGGUCGGUUACAGCAGAAACUAGGUCUGGGCUUUCGCUUGUACAGCAUGGUUACUGGCAGCGGGCCCAAAGUCUCUUCUAUCAGGCAAUGGUCAAGGCAACUCAAGGUACUUACAACAACACAGUGCCUAAAGCUGAGAUGUGUCUUUGGGAAGAGCAGUGGCUGUGUUGUGCUAGUCAACUCAGUCAAUGGGAUGUGCUGGUAGAGUUUGGCAAACUAAUUGAGAAUUAUGAGAUAUUGCUUGAUAAUCUCUGGAAGCAGCCUGAUUGGACUUAUUUAAAAGAUAGUGUUUUUCCAAAAGCUCAGGUAGAAGAAACUCCCAAACUUCGUAUAAUCCAGGCUUACUUUGCUCUUCACGAGAAGAACACAAAUGGUGUAGCAGAAGCUGAAAAUAUUGUGGGCAAGGGUGUUGAUCUUGCUUUGGAACAAUGGUGGCAAUUACCUGAGAUGUCUAUUCAUGCAAGAAUUCCUCUAUUGCAGCAAUUUCAGCAACUAGUCGAAGUUCAAGAAUCAGCAAGGAUAAUCGUAGACAUUGCCAAUGGAAACAAGCUUUCCGGGAAUUCUGUUGGUGUACAUGGUGGCUUAUAUGCAGAUUUGAAGGAUAUUCUAGAGACCUGGAGGCUUAGAACACCAGAUGAGUGGGAUAAUAUGUCUGUCUGGUACGAUCUCCUUCAAUGGAGGAACGAAAUGUACAAUGCAGUGAUUGAUGCAUUUAAGGAUUUGAGCUCCACAAACUCACAGCUGCAUCACCUUGGUUACCGUGACAAGGCUUGGAAUGUCAAUAAGCUUGCCCACAUGGCCCGUAAACAGGGGCUGCAUGAUGUUUGUGUAUCCAUACUGGAGAAAAUGUAUGGACACUCCACCAUGGAAGUUCAGGAGGCCUUUGUGAAAAUUAGGGAACAAGCCAAGGCUUUUUUAGAAAUGAAGGGAGAGCUUACUAGUGGGCUUAAUUUGAUCAACAGCACUAAUCUGGAAUAUUUUCCAGUUAAGCAUAAAGCUGAAAUAUUUCGUAUUAAGGGAGAUUUUUUGUUGAAACUGAAUGAUUGCGAAGGUGCUAAUGUUGCAUAUUCACAUGCCAUAAGCCUUUUCAAGAACUUGCCAAAAGGGUGGAUUAGUUGGGGAAAUUAUUGUGACAUGGCUUACAGAGAAACACAUGAAGAGAUGUGGCUGGAAUAUGCUGUGAGCUGCUUUCUUCAAGGCAUAAAAUUUGGAAUUCCUAAUUCUAGAAGCCAUCUAGCUCGUGUUUUAUAUCUUCUCAGUUUUGACACUCCCAAUGAACCUGUGGGAAGAGCAUUAGACAAGUACUUGGAGCAAAUACCUCACUGGGUGUGGCUUUCUUGGAUUCCACAACUGUUACUUUCCUUGCAAAGAACUGAAGCUCCACACUGCAAACUUGUUUUGCUAAAAGUUGCCACUGUCUUUCCUCAGGCUUUGUAUUACUGGCUGCGCACAUAUCUGCUUGAGCGUCGUGAUGUCGCAAACAAAUCUGAAUAUGGUAGAAUAACUAUGGCUCAGCAAAGAAUGCAGCAAAAUGCAUCUGGUCCUGGUACAUCUGGUUCAAUUGGCUUGGUUGAUGGAAAUGCAAGAGUGGCUGGUCAGGGUGGAGGUCAGUUGGCAUCUGAUAAUCAGCUUCAUCAGGUAAAUCAGUCUGGUGGAGGUGUUGGAUCUCAUGAAGGAAGUAACACUCAGGUGCAAGAACCUGAAAGGUCAGCAGCUGUUGAAGGGAACAUGCCUGGGACUGACCAAUCAUUACAUCAGAGUUCAUCAUCAAAUGAUGCUGGUCAGAAUGCAUUAAGGCGUAAUGGUGCUUUGAGUUUGGUUGCUUCUGCUGCGAGUGCUUUCGAUGCUGCAAAAGACAUAAUGGAGACCCUGCGGAGUAAACACACUAAUCUGGCUAGUGAACUUGAGAUUUUGCUCACAGAAAUUGGUUCACGGUUUGUUACCUUGCCUGAAGAAAGACUACUGGCAGUCGUUAAUGCUCUCCUUCACCGUUGUUACAAGUAUCCUACUGCUACUACUGCUGAAGUUCCACAAUCUCUUAAGAAGGAGCUUUCUGGUGUUUGCCGAGCCUGCUUUUCAGCAGACGCUGUAAACAAGCAUGUAGAAUUUGUGAGAGAGUACAAGCAGGAGUUUGAACGUGAUCUUGAUCCAGAAAGUACGGCAACAUUUCCUGCCACCCUUUCUGAAUUGACUGAACGACUGAAACACUGGAAAAAUAUCCUCCAGAGCAAUGUUGAGGAUCGAUUUCCGGCUGUUUUGAAGCUGGAGGACGAGAGCAGGGUGUUAAGGGACUUUCAUGUAGUUGAUGUGGAAGUUCCAGGGCAGUAUUUUACUGAUCAGGAGGUGGCACCUGAUCAUACAGUAAAGCUAGACAGAGUGGGAGCAGAUAUUCCAAUUGUGAGAAGGCAUGGCAGCAGUUUCCGGAGGUUGACUCUUAUAGGUUCUGAUGGCUCUCAGCGUCAUUUUAUUGUUCAGACAUCAUUGACUCCUAAUGCUAGAAGUGAUGAACGUAUCUUGCAACUUUUCCGUGUUAUGAACCGAAUGUUUGAUAAGCACAAGGAGUCGAGACGUCGCCACAUAUGCAUUCACACACCUAUAAUAAUACCUGUGUGGUCACAGGUCCGAAUGGUGGAAGAUGAUUUGAUGUACAGCACCUUCCUUGAGGUAUAUGAGAACUAUUGUGCAAGGAAUGACAGAGAGGCAGACCACCCUAUUACCUACUUCAAAGAGCAACUGAACCAAGCUAUAUCUGGCCAGAUAUCAGCGGAAGCUGUAGUUGAUCUUCGCCUUCAAGCUUAUAAUGAUAUUACAAAAACUCAUGUUCCUGAUAGCAUAUUCUCGCAGUAUAUGUACAAGACUUUAUUGAACGGAAACCACUUGUGGGCUUUCAAAAAGCAAUUUGCUAUCCAGUUGGCUCUUUCAAGCUUCAUGUCUUUCAUGCUUCAAAUUGGGGGAAGGUCUCCCAACAAGAUAUUGUUUGCUAAGAACACUGGGAAAAUAUUCCAGACUGAUUUUCACCCAGCAUAUGAUGCAAAUGGUAUGAUUGAGUUCAAUGAACCAGUACCCUUCCGCUUGACAAGGAACUUGCAAGCAUUCUUCUCCCAUUUUGGCGUGGAAGGCCUUAUUGUCUCUGCCAUGUCUGCAGCUGCACAAGCUGUCAUCUCACCGAAACAAAGUCAGCACUUGUGGCAUCAUCUUGCAAUGUUUUUCCGUGACGAACUGUUAUCUUGGUCUUGGAGAAAACCGCUGGGGAUGCAUUUAGGUCCGAUGGUUGGUGGAGGUGGUCUGAACCCUGUUGACUUGAAACAGAAAAUUAUCACGAAUGUUGAGAAUGUGAUUGGCCGGAUCAAUGGAAUAGCCCCACAGUACGUCUCUGAAGAGGAGGAGAAUGGUGUAGAUCCUCCACAAUCAGUCCAGAGAGGUGUGGCUGAGUUAGUUGAAGCUGCCUUGACACCAAGGAAUCUGUGCAUGAUGGAUCCAACAUGGCAUCCUUGGUUCUGAGUAGUUGAAGAUUUGUAAAUUUAGCUGUCUUAUGUACAUGGAGGAAGCUUGAUGUAGUGUAGCUUCUCGAGAUUAUCAUGUAAAUAUUGCUAGCAACUCACAGUAUAUGGUGAUUAUCGUGCAGAAUAGCAUUAUAUAUUUUUUGCUAGACUCUAUAUUGGAAAUAACGGUUAUCUUUUGGGGAAUAGCAUUAUAUGUUUAUUUAGCUCAACUCUCUUUGGAUA